UUUUAAAAAUAACAGGUCUCCAGAUUGCUUCGUGAAGACUUCAUUUUUGUCAUAACGUGUGUAGAAAUGAAAGGAUAAAAUGGUGUUAAUUAUGCGAAUGUUUGGAAUUUUAAUCCUAGUAGCAAGUUUGAUUCUGAACUGUGGGAGGUGUGACAGCUCGUGUACAGAUUUUGGAAAGGUUGGACCAACCUGUUACAUCAAAAAUAUUGCACUCAACGAAAAAUCACGUCAUGACAGUAAUAUAGACAUACCAAAGUAUUCUGAUUUGGCUAAUGAUGGCGACUUAUCCACGUGCAGCUAUACGUCUGACAAAAAUACUGCUGCCCCAUGGUGGAAUCUUUGGUUACCGAAGUACACACUUUUUAAGAAACUUGAGUUUGUCACUUUAGACAGCCAUCUUAGCAAUUUUAAAGGAUUUGAAGUUCAAGUUUUUAAUACAAGUUUCGACAAUUUCAAAGCCAAACAACGUAGUAUGACAGGCAAAACAGUUUGUUAUCAGCACAAUAACACAAGUCCAGAAAACAAAAAGAUAGAAGUAACAUGUGAUGAAUUUCAUUAUGGGAACUUAUUACGACUGCAGCUUUCGACACCCAGACUUCAACUUGUUCUUUGUGAUUUUAGAAUAUACGAAGAAUGUGAAAAUGGAAAUUGGGGAUGGAAUUGUGAUAAAAGAUGUGGAAACUGUGACGAUAUUACUUGUGAUAGGAUCACUGGUACGUGCCGUCAAUGUGAACCCGGGUUUAAACUAUCAAAGUGUACCGAAGAAUGUGCCGAUUGGACGUAUGGCCUAAAAUGUGCUCAUUCAUGCAGCAUAAAAUGUGGCGGCGUUUGUAAUAAGAAAACAGGAAUGUGCUCCAAUUGUAAAACUGGCUGGAAAGGAGAUAGAUGCACUGAAGAGUGUAAUAAUGGUACUUUUGGCAAAGACUGUCAGAAUAAAUGCAACAGCAACUGUUUAAGGUCAGGGGUGAAUGAAAUAUGCAAUAACGUGGACGGCACAUGCUUGAAUGGUUGCAAAGGUGGAUAUCAAGGAUCCCAUUGUAACAUAAAAUGUUACGAUGGUAAAUGGGGCAUAAACUGUACACAUGAUUGUGGGAAAUGUUUAACCUCACCAUGUAAUCAUUUAAAUGGGCAUUGCCAAGAUGGAUGUGCUGCUGGUUAUAAGAAGACAAGGGAUUGCCACACUGAAUGUGACGAUGGUAAAUGGGGCAUAAACUGUACAUAUGUUUGUGGGAAAUGUUUCACCUCACCAUGUAAUCAUGUGAAUGGGUAUUGUCAAGAUGGAUGUGCUGCUGGUUAUAAGAAGACAUUGGACUGCCGCACUGAAUGUGACGAUGGUAAAUGGGGGAUAAACUGUAAAAAUGAGUGUGGGAAAUGUUUAACCUCACCAUGUAAUCAUGUGAAUGGACAUUGCAAAGAUGGAUGUGCUGCUGGUUAUAAGAAGACAUUGGAUUGCCGCACUGAAUGUGACGAUGGUAAAUGGGGCAUAAACUGUACAAAUGAUUGUGGGAAAUGUUUCACCUCACCGUGUAAUAAUGUGAAUGGACAUUGCAAAAAUGGAUGUGCUGCUGGUUAUAAGAGGACACGGGAUUGCACAGCUGAAUGUGACGAUGGUAAAUGGGGCAUAAACUGUACAACUGAUUGUGGGAAAUGUUUAACCUUACCGUGUAACCAUGUGAAUGGAUAUUGUCAAGAUGGAUGUGCUGCUGGUUAUAAGAAGACAUUGGAUUGCACCGCUGUAUGUGACAAUGGAUUUUUUGGCAAAAACUGUCAGAAUAGAUGCAACAACAACUGCUUAUGGUCAAAGGCCAGUGCAUUAUGCGAUAACGUGGACGGCACAUGCUUAAAUGGCUGCAAAGAAGGAUAUCAUGGAUCCCAAUGUGACAUUGAAUGUAAAGAUGGGACAUACGGUAAUUCCUGUGUAUUCAACUGCAGCCAGACUUGUGAUGGAAUUUGUAAUAAAAUGAACGGGACGUGUAAUCAGUGCCUUCAAGGCUGGUCAGGAGAUUUCUGUGACAAAGCGUUGAUUGAAGAUUUUUCACCAUUCACUGGCGACACCUCUGGAACUGCCGGAAUAGUUGGUGCUUUGACAGUACUUGUUAUUUUAGUAUUGUUGAUAGUUCUCGCAGUUUUCAUAUACAGAAGGAAACAAAAUACUGAAAGGAGAAACAACGAAUUAACAACUGUUACCGAAACCAAUCGAGAUAUUAAAGAUGACAGGGCAAAUGUAAAACUGGAAGAACCAAGCAACAGCGUGUCGUAUGUCAAUGCAUCGGAGCUGGUGCAUAAAAUGCGGGAAAUCAAUGCAGUAUCAAAUGAUAAAGGUAAUGGUAAAAGUACGUUUAUUGAAGAAAGAAAGGUAGAGGUCGAAUAUAGUAUCCCUAAAACUGCACAAGGAGUUCUUUUGUCAGAGUUUGAAACGUAUGUGAGAUCUGGACUAGCAAACACAGAUAUUUUCUUUCAACAGUUUCAGCAAAUACCAUACGGCAUGCAGUAUGCCUCUGAUGUUGCCACGAAGCCAAAGAAUCAUUGCAAGAACAGAUAUAAAGCUAUGUAUGCAUAUGAUCAUUCGAGAGUGAUACUGCGAACACUUCCUGACCAGCCAGGCUCUGAUUAUAUCAAUGCAUCUAAAAUAAUGGGCAAUACUGGUAAGGUGUCGUACAUCGCAGCCCAAGGGCCAAUCUCGAGUACCCUCGGUGACUUUUGGAGGAUGAUAUGGGAGCAAACUGUUCGAACAAUUGUUAUGCUAACGAAUCUUACAGAAGAAGGGAAGAUGAAGUGUCUUAAGUACUGGCCGGAAGCUGGAGAAUUUGUUGAACACGGAAACAUUGUUGUUUUGUCAGAGUUAGAGGAUGUUUUCGCGGAGUUCACGAUUCGACGCUUAAAAAUACAUCAGAAGAACAAACCUGACAGGGCAAGAACUUUGGGUCAUUUCCAUUUCACUGCUUGGCCGGACAAAGAUGUGCCAAGAAGCACGUCAUGUUUGUUACAUUUCUGGCAUCAAGUCCGAAAUCAUGAUGAAAAGAAGGCACGACCUUGGCUAGUCCACUGCAGUGCCGGAGUCGGUCGAACUGGAACAUUUAUCGGACUAGACGUUCUUUGUGAUAUGGGAAAGGACUAUGGGUUUGUAGAUGUAUUCAAGUGUGUUGACGACCUUAGAAAACAGAGAGUCAAUAUGGUGCAAACAAAGAAUCAGUACAAGUAUUUACACUGUGCAGUGUUAGAAGCACUUGUAUUGCCAUCAGAGCCUGCACAUAUGGACAACUUUCAUGCCAUCUACAAUCAUCUGAAGAUGACUGAUCCGGAGGCGGGAAAAACAUCGCUUCUGAUGCAGUACGAGACGUUGACGAAUGACUGUGAAGUUAUUACUAGUGUUGAAGAUCCGAAUGAGGACAAAUAUGGAGUAGCAAAAAGGGAUGAAAACAAAAACAAAAAUAGAUUUGACGAUAUUCUUGCUCCUGGCGAGUGUCGACCAUUUCUCCUAACAAAAGUAUCUGGCUGUACAGACUAUAUCAAUGCUAUAUUUAUCCCGGGCUACCGUGACAAAUUUGGAUAUAUCCUCACACAGACGCCGCUACAGUCUACUGCGAUAGACUGCUGUCGCCUGGUAUACGAACAAGAAAUCAAAGUCAUUGUAACGUUCCAGGAAUACAGCAAGAAAGAUGUCGGAAUUUAUCUACCAAAUGAAGGGACUGCAAACUUUGGACCAUUCACUAUGAAAUUCCUCUCGGAGAAAGAAUUGACUUAUUACACCAAGAGGAACUAUAAGUUGCUUUACAAGUCAGAGACACACGCUGUCUCACAGCUCAUAUUCAAGCACUGGCCUCCGUCAAGAAUGACCCCUCCCGAUCCGACAAAAAUGUUAAAUUUUCUGGAAAACUUGGACACCCUACGGAGGCAGAAUGAUUGCAAACCAAUUUUGGUGCAAUGUUUUAAUGGUGCGGAACGUAGCGGUCUAGUUGUUGCCUUGAUGAACAUUCUAGAACAGUUAAAGUUUAACAAAGAGGUUUCAAUCCCACUUGUGGUACGUCAACUGAAAUGUAGACGUCAGCAAAUCAUCCCAAACUUUGAACAGUUUACAUUCUGCUACGACGUGGUUCUCUCCCAUAUUGAAAGCCAUACAACCUACGCAAACAUGUGACUUGAAAGUCAGGUGGACAUUUAGCGGUUUUGAAAUGACUCAGAGUUAUUUUAGACAUUAUAUGAAAAAAAAAGUUUUUAUAUACUUGCCUUUUGAAUACUUCAACUUUAUAAUAAUGUUUUUUUUUCUUAUUGCGUAUGUCUGCUUAUUUUUUUUUAUAUUUAGAUUAUUCUGUCCUACUGUUUUUAGCUCACCUGUCACAAAGUGACAGGGUGAGCUUUUGUGAUCGCUUUUCGUCCGGCGUCCGUCCGUCGUCCGUCCGUCCGUCCGCCCGUUAACUUUUACUUUAAAUGACAUCUCCUCAUAAACCACUAAGCCAAUUUCAUCCCAACUUCACAGGAAUGUCCAUUGGUGGUCACCUUUAAAAAUUGUUCAAAGAAUUUAAUUCCAUGCAGAACUCUGGUUGCCAUGGCAACCGAAAGAAAAAACUUUAAAUAUCUUCUUUUAAAAAACCAUAAGAGCUAGAGCUUAGAUAUUUGGCAUGAAACAUCUUCUAGUGAGUGUCUACCAAGUUUGUUCAAAUAAAAGCCCUGGGGUCAAAAUUGGCCCCGCCCCGGGGGGUCAUUGAUUUUCCCUAUAUGCAUAUAGUAAAAACUUAAAAAAUCUUCUUUUAAAGAAUCCAAAGAGCUAGAGCUAAGAUAUUUGGCAUGAAGCAUGUUCUAAUGGGUGUCUACCAAGUUUGUUCAAAUAAAAGCCCUGGGGUCAAAAUUGUCCCCGCCCGGGGGGGUCAUUGAUUUUCCCUAUAUGCAUAUAGUAAAAACUUAAAAAAUCUUCUUUUAAAGUAUUCAAAGAGCUAUGGCUAAGAUAUUGAGCAUCAAACAUGUUCUAAUAGGUGUCUACCAAGUUUGUUCAAAUAAAAGCCCUGGGGUCAAAAUUGGCCCCGCCCCAGGGGGUCAUUGAUUUUCCCUAUAUGCAUAUAGUAAAAACUUAAAAAAUCUUCUUUUAAAUAACCAAAAGAGUUAGAGCUAAGAUAUUUAGCAUGAAACAUGUUCUAAUAAGUGUCUACCAAGUUUGUUCAAAUAAAAGCCCUGGGGUUAAAAUUGGCCCCGCCCCGGGGGGUCAUUGAUUUUCCCUAUAUGCAUAUAGUAAAAACUUAAAAAAUCUUCUUUUAAAGAACUCAAAAAGCUAUGGCAAAGAUAUUUAGCAUCAAACAUGUUCUAAUAGGUGUCUACCAAGUUUGUUCAAAUAAAAGACCUGGGGUCAAAAUUGGCCCGGCCCCGGGGGUCAUUGAUUUUCUUUAUAUGUGUAUAGCAAAAAGUCUUCUUUGAAAAAACCCAAAUAGCUAGAGUUUAGAUAUUAAGCAUGAAAUAUCUUCUUGUAAGUGUCUACAAAGUUUGUUCAAAUAAAAGCCCUGGGGUCAAAACUGGCCCGGCCCAAGGGGUGUCAUUGUUUUUAACUAUAUGUGUUUUAAAAACUUUAAAAAAAUCUUCUUUUAAAAAGCCCAAUGAGCUAGAGCUUAGAUGUUUAGCAUGAAACAUCUUCUUAUGGGUGUCUACCAAGUUUGUGCAAAUAAAAGCCCUUGGGUUAAAUUGGCCCUGCAACGUUGUGGGAGGGGGGUUGGGGGCUAUAUACAGGUGAGCGACCUCAGGGCCAUCAUGGCCCUCUUGUUUCUUCAACGCUUUUAUUGUAUUAAUGUUUUAUUUGAACAUAGAGAGAAUAAUAAAAUAUACAGUACAUUAAACUGAUUUAAAGAUAUACUAUGCUCAAAGUUGAUAUUUGAAAAAUCAAAACAACAACUGAUAUUUACUAUACAGCCUCUUUUGAAAUGUAAAAUUAACACACAGAGAAAAUAAGUUACAAUUUCAACUGUACAUAAUACAAGUAAUAGCAGUAUAGUUAAGUAGUGUCAUUAAAAUGGCAGUGUUUACCAAAUUAAUUUGACAAGCGAUAGGAAUGCAGCUUCCAAAUAUAGUUUAUACGUUCACUUAUUUAGAUUAUAUAUAUUUAGGAAGUAGUUACUUGAUUUCAAGCAUGUCUGCAAUGAAAGUAUUUACCCAAAGAAGAGCAUAGUUUAUCUUUAAGUGUAUCGCGUAACACAAUAAGUUUAAAGAGUUUACUUUUAAAGAUCAUUUAUAGCAAAUAAAUAUGUUCCACAUUUGAUAACAUUGUUACCAAGUCACAAAAGUCAUGUGAAAUUUGAUGGAAUUUGAAUAUGAAGGAAUUUUCCCGUAAUAUAUAUAUAUAUAUAUAUUUGACGUUAAAUAUAUCAUUUAUAAACCAUUUUAUCCACAUUCCACAUAUAUUUCGUUUUGUAUUAAAUUCAUCUUUUCAUUACUAUAUCAAAAACACAACAAAAUGCUAAAACUGAUAGAAGAUUAUCUUUUUUUUUCAUGGUCAAAUUAUCGAUUUAAAUAUGUCUUUCAAACUAAAGAAAUAUGUCAUCUUAGGUAUAAUCUUCGCACCGCCCGAAAGCAAAAGGUGGAAAAACAAAACUUUGAUAGUUUUAGACAAAUUACUACUACAAACAAAUAUUCAAAACUUAUUGGACACUCCUUAUUUUGUAAAAUGUAUUUAUUAUAUUUAUCUGAAUUUCAUACUAGGCUUUGAAAAUGUAAUAAAAUGAAUAAAACCCUU